AUGAACUCCUCAGAUUCGGAGGAAAUGAUGAUGUUCUCCUCAGAUUCGAGUGACGAAGAGGAUGAGCUGCUUGUGCUGAUUGCCAUCGAGGAGGAAGAAGCAGCAGCUGCGCGUCGUAGCAGGCAGCGUGGGUCGAUGCCCGGCCAUGUGGUUAUAGAUCGGCAACACCGCGAAGGUGCUGCUAGGCUGUACAACGACUACUUCGCCGACAACCCUGUGUACGGCGAUAUCCUGUUUCGUCGGAGGUUUCGUAUGUCGCGGCGGUUGUUCUUGCGUAUUGCGGCCGCUGUGGAGGAGCAUGACACCUGGUUCAGGCUUAUCGAUGGGAGUGCCCCACCUGUUUCGUACAUCAUAAAUGGUAACAGGUACGACAUGGGAUACUACCUCGGCGAUGGCAUAUACCCCGAAUGGGCGACCAUAGUGAAGGCAAUUCCUGUUCCACGAGGCAACAAGAGCAUCCAUUUCUCCGCGAUGCAAGCUGCUCUCCGCAAGGAUGUCGAACGUGCAUUUGGUGUGUUGCAAUCUAGGUUUGCUAUUGUUCGCGGGCCGGCUAGAGUAUGGGAUCAGUCUACCUUGCAUAAUAUCAUGACCGCAUGCGUUAUUAUGCACAACAUGAUAAUUGAGGACGAGCGUGGUACCGCUUCCCCGGUGCAGGUGUUCGACUUCAUGGGGGAACCAACUCAAGUCCAUCGAAGUGGUGACGAAGGUGUCCUGCAUUAUGUCGAAACAACUCAAGCUAUCCGCAACCGUGCAGUGCACCGCCAAUUGCGGGCGGACCUUGUGGAGCACCUUUGGAGUAUGCAUGGAGCACAGUAG